AUACUAAGCAAAACGUCAACUUCAAGUUUGCUUCAAGUCAACAAACACGCGUGUAUUUUUGUCUCACAAUAGAUUUAUUUAAAAAAAUAGUAAUAGUAGUUCAAAAUGACUGCAGAGACAAAUAAUAAAGUUCUUUCCAUCCUCAAAAAUAUCAAGAAAUGCCAAGAAAAUUGUGUAGACAGUACAUCAGCUGAUCAAGAUGAGGUUAUGUCUGAAGACAAACAGCCUGCUGAGAAGAAAAAGCCACAGGCAUUGCGGGGCCUACCCAAAUCUGGCAGAUUUUGGAAAUCAGAAAAAGAAAAGUUCUCGACUAUAAAUAAAACGAAAGGACUGAAACAAGACUUCCAAAAGAAAACUGCACUGCGGCUAGAACUGAAACGCACAAAGGAAAUCUCUAAGCAGUUACAGGAAGAGUUAAAACAGAAGGAACUAGAACGCAAAGAGAGAAGAAGACAGAAUAUUAAGAGAACAGAAGAGAAUAAGAAGAAAUCGGAAGUUGUUCAGGUUAUAACAAAUACUGCCAAGCUGAAGAGGAUGAGGAAGAAGCAACUUCGGUUUAUUCAAAAACGGGAUACCAAUAAAGAAGUUGAAGCUAGUAAAUAAAUAUAAGUUGACUUAAA